GAAGGAAGUUAGUUUGGUCUUUUUUACGUUACUACAGUUCUGAAUGUUAAGCUCUGUUUACUGCUUCCGUUUGCUCAGACGUGGUUGUAUGCGACCCUUUCGUUUUCAAGCCUCGAUCGAUAUCUCACCUAUCUGCUGCUCAGUUUUUCAGAAAUGAAAUCACCUAGGGUUGUCCCAAAGUUGUGAAGAUCCAAAGCUUCUCGUGCCAGACGCCUCUGCGGCAAACAUGCCGCCGGCGGAGAGUGACCAACCUGCGCAUUAAUACGCAGCGGUGGUAAAGGAGUCACUCCCAGGAAGACGGUUUCACUCUCAACCGAUCUUUUUUUCCGAUGCGGACCUCCUCGAUAUCCCGGCCAAACCGCCUGGUAGAUUUAAAGGUUUUCCGGCAGAUUCUUUUUCUGAUGACAACACCCAGGUGAUCUCUUCUAAAUUCCUUGAUCUAUUAUAAUCCAGAUUUCUUUUUCGUUGCCUAUUUUCAAUCUGUUUUGCCAAAUCUUCCGGUUUUCUGUGCUCUGGGUUUGACCAUCCCAAAUCAAAAUGUCCCCGGGGCCAAAAUAUUUCGGGCCCUAAACCGAUGAUGCUACAAUUGGCUGAGGUAAUCUGUGUUACGAAUGAGAUUGUUUCUGCCCCAGUUGAUGCCUCAUUCACUCUCCCUUUUGUUGAUCAGGAUACUGGAGUGACUGGUUUUAAGACCAGUUUACUUCAUGUUGUUGAUGCCUCAAACCUUACAGAUUGUGCCACAGUUAACCUUAAAUAUGCUGCUGCCUUAGCCCCAGCUCAAGCUCUUGUUGCUUCUGAUGAAUAUGCCCCUAAUGUUGAUCUUUUUACUUCUGUUAUCUCUGAUCUCCCUCAAAGUGAGGCCCCGGUUGUUGCUUUUUGACUGCAGGAUGAUAUAGGUGUUAAUUCAGUGCAGGUUGAUACCUAUAAAGUACCUACUUAUAUCACUCACAGUGAGGACCCGAUGGUUUCCCUUUCACUCCGGGAUGCCCCUGAAAUACAUGUUGUUAGUCCAAAAAGCCCCUAAUGUUGAUGCCCUUAUUGAUGCUGCUGUUACAGCCCCGUCUGUAACAGUUUCUGUCCCUAAUGACGCCCAUGUUACGGUUUUGGAAUUCCCAUAACCUCCCCCUAUGUAUGAUGUUGUGUUUACUUUUGAUGCCCCAACAAUCCCGAUUAAUGCUUACUAUGAUGAAAAUAUGAGGCCUCGGGUCAACUUGUUUGAGAAAGUAGUCAAUGUGGCAGAUUCUGUGUUUGCCUCAGUAGAUACCCGGCUGCUACCAUCAGCCAUGUAUCAUGUUGCCUUUGAGCGUGAAGAACCCCCGGUGGCCACCUGUAACAAGGCGGUAACCGAGGGAAUUGGCCAUCUUUUGGUUAAUUGUGACAGUCCGGCCCAAACAGGAGAUGAUUAGCUUCUCUCUGAUCCACCAACUGUAGAUGCUACACUUACCCCACACAGGUCCUGUGAUGAAAUCUUUUCUGAGGACAAGAAUACAAACACUUUUUUUUUCCUAAUUCUGUUUCAGGUCAUUAUCCUCCUCCUGUCGAUGAGGAACACUUUGAAGGCUAUACGCAAGUUACAAGAAUAAGAAACAAAAGCAUCGGCUCGCAAGUUCAUCCGUAAAACUUGCCUUUUCUCGUUUCUUUUGUUGCUUUGCUUAUAAUUUUCACAUCUGGAUCCUCAUGUGUGAAGCUAGAGGAACAUGUUUGAUACCCACUGGCUUCAGUCACUUUUGUUUGCAGUUUUUGGCGCUGGGAUGUUACACAAGUGAGGGAUUGGGUAUCUAUGUUCUCAAAGAGGUUUCAUCUGGCACAAUUGAGAAUUUCAUCAAUGGUUCUAAAGUAGCUACUAAGGUAAAAAAACAUGUUGUUGCUGUUGAUAAAAUUGAGAGGGACCUAAUUCUUCUUGGAGCCACAACCAUUGAUGAUACACUUUAAAAGGGGGUUAUAACCAAUCUUACAACUUUUUCAUUAUUAAUUACAUAGCAUCCUAUAGUGAUGAUUUUUUCAUCCUUCAAUGAUCAAAUGCACACUUGGUUUCUCUUCUUGUGUAGGUCCCUGAAUGCAUCAACAAACUCACAGUUGCUGCGAUAAAGUUUUGGGUUUUAUUUGGUGAUAAGAUGGAGACAGCAAUCAAUAUUGGGUAUGCCUGCAGUUUACCAAGACCAGGCAUGAAGCUGAUGCUUACUACUCUGGAUUCUCCACAAAAAAUUACUUUGGAAAGUCAAGAAGAAAAGGACGGUGGGGUAUAUAUCGUAGAUGUAUUUUCAUAUUAAUCCAUCACUUUCAUCUUUACAAUGCUCAAUCUUCAUAGGAUUUAAGAAGGGUAACAACGCAAGUAAAUGACGGAAUGUGUCGAAUUGAAUCAAGUACGGAAUUGGUUGGUUUAAUUAUAGAUGGAACUGAACUAUCUUUUGCUCUCAGAGAGUGUAUGAAGAAGCUAUUUUUGGACCUUGCAUUGAAAUGUGCAUCUGUUAUAUGCUGUCUCUCUACACCUAAACAAAAAGCUCUUAUGAGUGAUAAACUUUCACUCACAUUAUCACUCUUAUCUUUUCCAAUUCUAUUUGUCAAGGAGUCUUAAUAGUUUUACCAAAAUGUUUGAAGACAUGCAGGUAACAGCAUUGGUGAAAGGAAGUGGUGGAAAGACACUGGCAAUUGGUUAUGGGGCUGAUGAUGUCAGCAUGCUUCAAGAGGCUGAUGUUGGGGUUAGAGUAAGUUGGGUUGAGGGGAUGCAGGUCUUUGUUUAUUUCCUUUCACAUUUAAACUUUCCAUGUGACUCGAGUGUUGAACAGAAAGAAUCUGGCUUGGCAUUUUUUUAAAAACAUUUAGGUGUUCCAAAAGUCAAGUUUUGCUUACUGGUUUUUAGGAAAGGGGUUAUUUCUGAUUUUCUGUAUGCUUAUCGUGGCAUCUUCACGACGAUUUUUACAUCCAAACUUGCUAUUUUUUGUUUGUAUCCUUAAAAACGAGAUGGUGGUUGGUUUCAUCCUUUCCUUCUAUUUGUACUUGGUUUUGUAACUCAAAAAUAUAUCUUAGAAUUGUGUCAGAGAGCUGCGUGUUCAGGGUAUUCUAUCCAUGAAUAUGCUCUAAGUAAAUACCAAAAAAAUGAAGCAGAGUUACUUCCAAUAAGUAUAAGGAAUACAGCAAGGCAUUUAAGGAUUUAAAACAUUUUGAGGAUAAAAGUUUAUCUUUGCAGGACUUACUUUUUGUUCCUUUGUAAACUUGUUUGCUAGGAAAUUAUUGAGAACAGUAUGUUAUCACCUUGACAACUUAUCUUGUACUUAUCCGAUUAUUCGUCUAUUUAUGUUUAUAUGCAUAUUACUGCCUUACCUAUAUGCAUCGGAGUGGUCAAUUUUUUCCUUUCUUACUUAUACUCCGUAUUUUUCUUACCUCAACAUCCCAGAUUCAUUUGUAUGCUUGUUAGUCACCUUUAAGCAAUUGUUAGUCCUGAUUGGAAGUGCCAAAUCCACCACUGUGGAAGGCUUGAUACCGGUCAAUUUACAUUUUCACUCUUUCAGUCAGAUGUCUCACAUGUUUAGCAUUUUCAUUUCACAUGAGGCACGUUUUUCUCCUCAUUCUUUUUUCUUGUUUUCGUGUAUUCGUGUGGAGGAGUGAUCUCGUAUUAUCUUUUCUCAUUCUUUUUUCUUGUUUUCUUAUCUUUUUUUAUUUUAUCAUUUUUAGGUAUAUUCAUUUCUUUUUAUAUUAUCUUUUUCAUAAUAGCUUAUCUUUUUAUCUUUAUUUUCUUUCUUUUCCUUUUGGUGGUGAUAUCAUGUAUCGAUUCAUGUUAGCCGACCCCAAUAUCUUUUGGGACUAAGGCUUGGAUGUUGUUGUUGUUGUUGUAUGAGGCAUGUUUUUUGCUCAAAUUGUCAGGACACAAUUGUGGGUGUUGUUUUUAUUAAGAAUUAUUCCCUCAUUUACUGCUUGGUUGUUUCGAGUAUUUGCUAAUCACAUAUUCAUAGUCUUAGUUUUAAAAGCUUAGUUUGCAGAAGUAGGCAGUUCUCUUUUCUUUCCCCUUUCUUGCUUUGCAAUUUUAUUUUAUUUUAAGGGAUUCAUUUCUCACAAUUUUCAAAAUAUUAUUUGAAUUUUAAUAAACCAUUACUUGUGAGCUUGCACCCUCUCCUAGAUUUUAUUUCACUUCCUACAAGCCUCAACUUAAUAUUGUUUUGUCUGUUUUUGUAGCUCAAACAACUAUUGAAUUUGGAAUACUUUAAGGUAUUAUUGGCAUGGCAAACUCCAUCUUCGGAGUCUCAUUCGUAGUGAAAUCAUUAUUUCUUAUUAUCAUUGGAUUCACUGUUCUUGACAUCUUUCGCAUCUACUCUACUAAGUCUAUUGAUUUGGAAGAGCGUUCCUGGUUUUUUUAUACUAUCAAUACAACUCUUUUGUUCAUAAUCAUAAUUGUAGAAAAUUGAGAUUGUGAUGAAUAUUUACUAAAUAAAAAUGAUGCUUCAUCCAAGACGAACAGUAACUUCUCACUGUAAUUGUUUUAUUGCAGCUAUGUUUGUAAUACGUAUGUUAUAAAUGUUUUU